CCCUCCCCUCUUCUCCCCUUCCUCCAGACCAGAGCCCGACCCAUUCUGCACGACCUGACCAGUGCUGGUGGUAGUGGCCACUUCAUCAUCCAGCUUCACCUCCCUAACAACGACUGCUUGCUUCAUUUAGUUAGCUGAAACUGCCAUUUCAAGAAUAUCUCGGCCACUCUUGCCAUAAUUGAUCAUCUCCUGUUCCUUACUCGAGAACACACAUUUGAAGUUGGUUGGUGCAAAUUCGAUUCGAUUUCAUAGCAGUGUCCAAUGGCUCCUUUGACCAGUUCGUUGGCUUCAGCUGUUAGUCUGUCGUUGGUCAUUCUAUCGUUCUUUCAAGAUGCGGUGGCCGACAUAACGUUCACGUUCACGAACCGGUGCGGCGGCACGGUGUGGCCGGGGGUGCUGGCGAACUCGGGGAGCUCGCCGCUGCAGACGACGGGGUUCACGCUGGGCGCGGGGGAGACGCGGUCGCUGACUGCCCCCGCGGGGUGGUCGGGCCGGUUCUGGGCGCGCACGGGGUGCGCGUUCGAUGCGUCCGGCAAGGGCGCGUGCGCCACGGGGGACUGUGGGGCGGGCGAGGUGGAAUGCCGCGGCAAGGGCGCGGCCCCGCCCGCCACCUUGGUGGAGUUCACGCUCAACGGCAGCGGCGGCAAGGACUACUACGACGUGAGCCUGGUGGACGGGUACAACCUGCCCAUGGUAGUGGAGGCGGCGGCGCCGGGGUGCCCCGCGACGGGGUGCCUUGUGGACCUCAACGAGCGAUGCCCCGCCGAGCUGCGCGCCGGGCAGGGCCAGGCGCAGGCGUGCCGGAGCGCGUGCGAGGCGUUCGGCCGGCCCGAGUACUGCUGCAGCGGGCAGUUCAGCAACCCGGACACCUGCCGCCCGUCGGUCUACUCCCAGAUGUUCAAGACGGCGUGCCCGCGCUCGUACAGCUACGCCUACGACGACGCCACCUCCACCUUCACCUGCACCGGCACCGACUACUCCAUCACCUUCUGCCCUCGCGCCGGCAGACAGAAGUCGACCAACGACCCCUCGCCGAGGCCGAGCGAAGUGCAGCUCGAGAGCGACUCGUGGCUGGCUAGCCUGGCGACCGGCGAGCUGGACGGCGCGGCGACGGCGUCGACGGCGGCGUCGUUGCUGCUCCAGGGCGCGUUAGCUGCGGCCGCAGUCAUGGCCUUGCUUCUAUGACACCGGACGGUACCGGAUUGACCAGCAGCCCUGGCGUAGCAAGAUGGCGCUUCUUGAUUGGCACGAGUGACCGGAGUCGCUUUUGGAUUGAAAACAAGAUUGGAGCGAGGGGUUGACAAGGUAGCAGCUACAGUUUCUAGUGCUAUUGUGAUGGUGUCGGUCAGCAAGCAUGCUCUGUAUUAGUUUAUUCCCUUCCAGAAAAACUUGUUACUCCGAU